AUGGCCAACAUAGUGGAUGCAGUCCACGUCAGCAGUGGCGCUGUCCUGGAGCUGCACAACAUCACGGUGACCAACUCGGCGUCCAUAUUUGGCGCGAGGAUCAGCGACCACACGCGCUUCGUGGUGCCCUUCCUGCCCCUCUGGCCCUCCAUCACCUUUGAGCCUGGCGCCACGAUCGUGGCGGAUUCCACGCUGGAGUACACAUGGUCAAGUCUGCCCGGGGAGGGCUGCGACAGCUUUAGGCGUGAUGUGGCGGCCAGCCUGCGCCCCUUUGGGCUGGACCCGUUCCUGUCGCAGCACCCGCACCUGCAGAUGGUGCGACUGCGAGGCAGCCACCUGUAUCGCCAGCCUGUCCUCGACAUCCGCACCAACUCAUCAGCGGGAUACCUUAUGCUGAAUGAGACGGACACGAGGUGCCUGUGCAUCCCCUAUCCGGCUGGCGGCUGGGACGCUGACUCGGACAAUGACACAGCGGGUGACAUCAUCGCGCCGUCACACGCAGCCGCCAUCAUGGCCUCUACCACCAGCCAAGGCGGCGGCUCAGGCCAGGGAAGCAGCGGUGCAAGUCCCCUGGCACUAGACAGCCGCUUUAUUGCCCUCAUCAUCGCCUUGGUGAUGGCUGCAGCACUGUCCCUUGUCCUGGCCGGCUUCCUCAUCGUGCAGCGCCACAGAGACAAGCUCAGAAGGGUGCAGGACCAGAAGGAGGACGGGUCCCUAGAGGACGAUGGGCCAGUUGUACCGCGGAGCCCCUUUGAGGAUAUGAAAGUGUCCCUCAUCGACGGCGCUCGCGCAAAGAGCAAUAGCCGGCUGUUCGCGACACUCAGGAGCAGCAACGAGCCGCAGAGCAAGGAGCUGCUGACCACGUGGGAGAACCCGGAGGACAGUAGGAGGGGCCUGCUUGCGACGCCAGGGCACCACAGGAGGUGGGGCUCGGCGGACAGCGAGGCCUCCUUCACGAUUCAGCUAUCGUCGGUGUCCUCGCAGCGCACCAGCGUGGACCACAGCUUGGCCGGCUCGCCGCUGCGCCGCGCGCAGUCGCUCUGCGUCACCGACCUGCAGCGGGCGCCGAGCAGCCGGGCCGGCAGCAUCCUCCUCCCGAGCGCGCGCAGCGUCGACUCGGGCGCCAGCGACUACACGCUGCCGUCUCUGCCGCCAACGCCCGGCCGCAGCCCGCGCCCGGCCUCCCGGGCCGGCCGGGCCGCGCUGCCGGCCGCGGCCGCGGCGGCAGCUGCCGCCGCGCUCGGCCUGGCGGCCGCCAGGGAGCCGGCGCCGAUCUUGGCGGCUCCCAGCGUGCAGCAGGCGGCCGCGCUGUCACGCGGGGACCUUGUGCGGCUAGCGCGCAGGGCGAGCCUGACGUCUAAGACCAGCAUGGUGAGUCUGCCGUCGCUGGCAAGUACCGCUAGCCUGCCGCCGGCGCACAACAUGGCGCCACAGGCCAGCCUUGCGUUGCGGCACUCGCUGUCGAGCGCGCACAGCUCGGACGCCGGAUCCGCGGCCGCGAGCGCGCACCUGCCCGGCUUUGAGGAAGAGGACGAAGAGGAGCGCGCAGCCGCCGGCAGCACGCAGGCGCCUGAGGCGGUGCACAAGGAGCCCGAAGGCUCCUCCGCAGAUGUCGUCCCGGCCGUGCGGCAAGCGGCGAGUGAAGCAGCCAGCUGCAGCAAAGCUGCUGCCCCAGCCACAGCAGCAGAGGCUGCCCCUCGCAGAACUGCAGCACACACCCUGACUGGGUCCCACUUGUCAAAGACCCGCCCAAUGCCAUCCCCUUUCAGCAUGCCUGAGGCGAUGCGCAAGCGCAGCAGCAGAAACUCCAUCGAAUUUACCGGCCUGCGCAUCGGCAAGCUCAUCGGCACAGGGUCCUUUGGGAGGGUCUACAAAGGUUCCUGGCGCGAGAGCACUGUGGCCAUCAAGGCGAUAACACACAACGCCACGCUGUCGCGCAAGGUCGACACUCUGCGCGAGUCACUCGUCGGCAUCUCCAUCCAGCACCCAAACGUGAUGACAACGUACAAGGUGCUGACCACGAUCAAAGCCAACGCUCUGGUGGACGAUGCGCCGCAGCGGCGGGCCGAUGCAAUGCGCGCCAACGGCUACAGCGUUGCGCAACUUGGGCCCGGUUCCGCGCAGACGCCCGCCGAAGAAGAGCUGCUGGAAACCUGGCUCCUGCUCGAGUACUGCGACGGGGGACCUCUGGACCGAGCCAUUGCCAACAAGCGCUUCUCCAGCAACAUGGCCGCCAUAUACCUGUCCCUCAUGGACAUCACUGCCGGCAUGAUCUACCUCCACUCCCUCGGCAUUGUCCACAGUGACCUGAAGGGUGCCAACGUGCUGCUGAAGAGCGCGCCGCGGUCGGCCGCGGACCCGCGAGGUUACGUGUGCAAGCUGGCCGACUUUGGGCUGUCGCGCGUGCUCGGCGCCAACCGCACCCACGUCUCCACCAACUCACACGGCACGGUGUCGCACCAGGCGAUGGAGGUGUUGCAUGAUGGGCGCAUAACGCGGUCGAGCGACGUCUACAGCUUUGCUAUGAUCAUGCUCGAGAUGAUCACAGGCGUCCCCGUCUACGAGGGCUUCUCCGCCUCCCAGAUUUUGUACCAGGUGUUCAAUGGCGCGCGGCCGCACAUGCCGGAGGGCCUCCCGGCAGGCUACAAGCAGCUGAUCGAGGACUGCUGGCACACCGAGCACAGCUGCCGUCCAACCUUUGUCACCGUGCACGAGCGCCUCCGCAGCCUCUACCAAGAAAUCUGCUUCAACACAGCAGCGCGCUCCUGA